AUGCCCACAAAUGGCAGCAAAGCCCUCAAGCUCCAAUUUGGGCUAAUUAACUAUGAGAGCCGCUACCUGACAGCCGAGGCUUUUGGGUUCAAAGUGAAUGCUUCUGCUCCAAGCCUCAAGAAGAAGCAGAUCUGGACACUCGAGCAAGAUGAGAAGGACAGCCAGGUGGUGUACCUGCGCAGCCACCUGGGCCGCUACCUGGCGUCUGACAAAGACGGCAAGGUGAGCUGUGAGGCUGAGAGCCAAGUGAGUGACUGCAGGUUUUUAAUAGUUGCACAGUCAGAUGGCCGCUGGGCUCUUCAGUCUGAAACGCACCUGCGCUUCUUCGGAGGGUCGGAAGACUACCUGUCCUGCUUUGCUCAAUCGAUUGGUGAGCCUGAGCUGUGGGCAAUGCACCUGGCCCUUCACCCACAGGCAAACUUGCUAAGUGUAGCCCGCAAACGUUACGCCCACCUGUCUGCACCUGAGGGUGAAAUAGCAGUGGACAGCAACAUUCCAUGGGGUGUUGACGCCCUCCUAACCCUGGUUUAUAUGGAUGGCAAAUACUGCCUAAAGACCAGUGACAGCCGCUUCUUAAGUAGCGACGGGAAGCUGUCGUUUGAAAAUGGACGUGGAACAGGAUACACACUGGAACUGAAACAAGGCAAAUUAGCCUUCAAAGACUGUGAAGGGAAGUACUUGAGCCCCAUGGGGCCAACAGGUACCUUACGUUCAGGACGCUGCUCCAAACCUGGCAAGGAUGAGUUGUUUGAUCUGGAGGAAAGCCAUCCACAGGUGGUAUUUCAGGCCACCAAUAGGAAAUUUGUGUCAAUACGACAAGGUGUGAGCAUCUCAGCAAACCAAGAUGAUGAAACAGACAUGGAGACUUUUCAAAUGGAGAUUGAUAGAGACAGCAAAAAAUGCAAAUUCAGAACAAAUGAAGGCAACUAUUGGACACUGGUAGCUCAUGGAGGCAUUCAGGCCACAGCUACAGAAGUAGGUACCAACACCAUGUUUGACAUUGUGUGGCUGGGACAGCGGGUGGCACUAAGAGCCAGCAAUGGGAAAUAUGUGUGCACCAAGAAGAAUGGUCAGCUUGCUGCCAUCAGUGACUCGAUAGGUGAAGAUGAACAACUGAUUCUGAAGCUGAUUAAUAGGCCCUUCUUAAUCCUCCGGGGUGAAAAUGGAUAUGUGUGCCACCACAAAAACUCUAACACACUGGAUGCCAACCGCUCUGUUUACAACAUCUUCACAUUACAGUUCAAUAAUGGGGCAUACCAUAUUAAAGGUGCAGGCGGGAGGUUCUGGUAUGUGUCCAGCAAUAGCUUGGUGUGCUCUGAUGGAGAUACACCGGAAGACUUCUGCUUUGAGUUCUUAGAUCAUGGUCGCAUAGGAAUUAGGGGCAAGAAUGGCAAGUACCUGCGUGGAGACCAAGGGGGCACGUUGAAAUGCGAUGGAGGGGCUGCAGAUAGUUCAUCUCUCUGGGAAUACUGA